AUGGGAGAACCUCCAAUUCCCCAUAUGCACCCUCUCCCACUGCAAUCUCCUUCUCUGCCAAAAUCAAACUUGCAUAUGUUAUAUUACGGCCUCUUCGUCAUCGGAACGGCUGCGACUGUGCUUGUUCUAUACAAUCUCAUCAUCGUAAAAUGGUGCACAGAAUACUCCGAUAACACACGGCUGGGACGUACCUCUAACCUCGAACGAAGACUUAAGAAACCGAAGAAAUUAUCACUGUCCAGCUUCAAGUACAAGAAAGAUAGAUUAGGGGAAGAAGAUGAUGAUUCUGAAUGUGCAGUUUGCCUAUCAGUUUUUGAAGAAGGUGAAGAAAUAAGGCAGCUUCCACAGUGCAAGCACUGUUUUCAUGCUCCCUGUAUUGAUAUGUGGCUCUAUUCCCACCUCGCCUGUCCUCUAUGUAGUUCCCCGGUUCUUCUCCGGUGUUCUUAUGUCACCAACCUAUCAGGCUCUAUUCCCACCUCGACUGUCCUCUUUGUCGUUCCCCGGUUCUUCUCCGGUGUUCUUAUGUCACCAACCAAUCAGAGAACUCUCGGGAAGGAUUGCUAG